AUGAACCAAGCGCUGCUGCUCCACUCCUCCCUCUUCAUCUUUCAUGUGAUGGGCACUCCCCAGCUCCACAUUCACCAUGGGCGGCGGGUGUGCGGCCAAUCCCUGCAUCACAGUCGAAGAAUCGUCAUCACAACUCAGGUUCAGGCCGCACACACUCCCUACAUCACCUCCUGUGGGCACCGGCUGUGUAGCACGUACAAAACGAGGUACUAUACGGCGUACAGACAGACCUUUGCACCUCAGCCACAUUACUACCCGGAGUGCUGUCCCGGCUGGAAACGGAUUCAUUCCCACAAUUGUAAUCAAGCGGUGUGCACACAACAUUGCAUGAACGGCGGUACGUGUCACAAGCCCAACCAGUGUGUCUGUCCGUCGGGCUGGAGCGGCCAACAGUGUCAAACAGAUGUGAACGAAUGCAGUGCGGAGCGGCCGUGUGCUCACAAGUGCGUGAACACCGCGGGCAGCUUUCGGUGCGAGUGCAGAGACGGCUUCAGACUGAUGGGAGACGGCCGGUCCUGUCAGAGCCUUCCACCUCGGCCUCCUCCUCUUCCUCCCACCCAGCCUGCUGCCGAUGAAACAAGUAACCUAGUGGAAAACGUCACGGAAGAAGUACAAAAUCUAAGAAACAGAGUGGAGCUUUUGGAGAAGACUUUACAGAUGGCAUUGACCCCUUACAACAGCAUCUUCCCACUGUCGGCAGAGGACGGCCUGUCAGAGAAAACCACAUUAUUGUCAUAUUCGUUUCAACAACUCGACCGCAUUGAUUCGUUGAGUGAGCAGAUCGGCUUUCUGGAGGAAAGACUUGGUACAUGUUCCUGCCAGGAAGACCAACGGCCCUCUCCAAUCAAGUGA